GCGUUCCCAGGCGGGCGGUGAAGGCGCUGGCGAGUGGAGGAGCUCACGCGCAUUCGGAGUUUUUGGCCUUUGAGGAUGUAGCUGUGGAGUUCAGCCAGGAAGAAUGGGUUUUGCUGGACCCUUCUCAGAAGAAACUAUACAGAGAUGUGAUGCUGGAAACCUGCAAUAACCUUACUUCUAUAGGCAUCAAAUGGGAAGACAAGAACACUGAAGAGCAGUACAAACAUUCUUGGAGAUACCUAAGAAGUUGCAUGAUAGAUGCAAUUUAUGAGCACAAAGAAGGUGGUCAGUUUCAAGAAACCUUUACCUGGGUACCAGAUUGCCGUAGGAGCACUAACAUCUCUACUGGAGUAAAGCAAUUUGAAUGUGGUGUGUGUGGGAAAGUUUUCACAUGUCAUUCAUCCUUUAAUGAGCACAUCAUGUCUCACUUAGGGGACAAACCAUCUGAACACAAACAUGGUUCAUGUGGAAUACAGCAACAAAGUCAGAAUGUUGAAAAAUCCUAUGAACAGUGUGGAAUGGCCCUCGUUUGCCACUGUUCACUUUCUGUAGAUGGAAGAACCAACAGUAAAGAUAAAUGUUACAAAUAUGAACAAUCCAGUAAAGCUCUGAGCUCUUCCAGUUCUCUCCAGAGUCGUAAAACAGUUUAUACUGCAGGAAGAACCUAUGAGUGUGAACAGUGUGGAAAAUCCUUUAGACAUGAGAGUUCCUUUUUAUUACACCAAUUAACUCACAUUGGAGGGAAAUCCUAUGAAUGUAAACAAUGUGGGAAGGCCUUCAGAUGUCACAAUUAUCUUCAGUUACAUGAAAACUUCCAUAUUGAAGAAAACCCCUACGAAUGUAAACAAUGUGGAAAAACCCUCUGUUCUCCCAGUUCCCUUCGAGUUCAUGAAAGGAUUCACAAUGGAGACAAACUUUAUGCAUGUAAACAGUGUGAUAAAACUUUCAAAUGUCAAAGUUACCUUCGAAUACAUGAAAGAACUCACACUGGAGAAAGGUGCUAUGAUUGUAAACAGUGUGGUAAAGCUUUCAGAAGUCACUGUUCCCUUCAAAGACAUAAAAUAGCUCAUCCUAGGAAAAAACCUUAUGCAUGUAAACAAUGUGAUAAGUACUUCACUUAUCCAUAUUUACUUCAAACACAUGAGAGAUUUCACACCAGAGAAAAAACAUAUAAAUGCAGAAUCUGUAGUAAAGCCUUUCUUUGUUCCCCCUUUCUUCAGAGACACAAAAGAACGCAUACUUGGGGGAAACCCUAUAAAUGUAAACAGUGUGGUAGAGCCUUCAGAAGCCACAGUUCCCUUCGACUGCAUGCAAGGGCUCAUACAGUAGAAGAAUCUUACACAUGUAGGAUAUGUAGUAAAGCCUUUCUAUGCCCUCCUUUCCUUCAAAGGCAUGAAAAAACUCACACUGAGGAAAAGCCCUUUGAAUGUAAGCAAUGUAGUAAAAUCUUCAGAGAUUGGAGUACCUUCCAAGUGCAUGAAAGAUCUCAUACUCUAGAAAAGCACUAUACAUGUAAGCUAUGUAGUAAAGCCUUUUUUUAUUCCUCUUCCCUGGAAAGACAUAAAAAGAUUCACACUAGAAAAAAAUGCUAUCCAUGUAAAUAUGCAUGUGAACAGUGUGGUCAGUCCUUUAUUUUUCCUUGUUUACUUGAGAAGCAUUUAAGAACUCACACUGAUGAAAAGCCCUAUGAGUGUAAACAGUGUGGUAAAACAUUUAGGAGUCUCACUUAUGCUCGCAUACAUAAAAGAACUCACACCGAAGAAAGACCGUAUGUAUGCAAACAGUGUGGUAAAAGUCUCAGCUGCCCUAGCACUCUUCAGUUACAUGAACUAACUCACACUGGAGAAAAACUCUAUGCAUGUCAGCAAUUUGAUAAAACUGUCAGAAGAUUUAGUUAUUUUCAAAUACCUGAAAGGGCUCUUACUGCAGAAAAAGCUUACAAAUGUAAGCAAUGUGGUGAAAUUCUCAGUUGUUCAAAUUCCCUUCAGCUACAUGAAAGAAUCCAUACUGGAGAGAAAUCACAUGAAUGUAAACAAUGUGGUAAAGCCUUCACAGUCCUCAGCAAUCUUCAAGUACAUGAACUAUCUCACACUCAUGAAAAAUCCUAUGGAUGCAAGCAACAUGGAAAAGUGUUCAGUUUUAGUAAUCUUAUACAGGAAAGAAAGAAAGCUGAAGCAAAUCUCUGUGAAUGUAAACAGUGUGGUAAGUCUUUUGUUUCUCGAUAUUUACUUCAAAUGCAUGAAAGGUCUCAUUCUGCAGAGAAACGCUACGAAUGUAAGGUAUGUGGUAAAAGCUUCAUUUAUCCCUCAUUUCUUCAAAGACACGAAAGAACGCAUACUGGAGAGAAACCGUAUGAGUGCAAACAAUGUGGUAAGGCCUUCAGAGUUCAGAGCUCCCUUCGAUUACAUGAAAGAACUCAUUCCGAGGAAAAACCUUAUGAAUGUAAAGACUGUGGUAAAGCCUUCUGGCGGCUCCCUUCUCUUCAAGUACAUGAAAGAAUCCAUACAGGAGAAAAGCCCUUUGAGUGUAAACAAUGUGAUAAAACCUUCAGGUGUCACAGUUCCCUUCAAAGGCAUGAAAGAACUCAUAGUCAUGAAAAACCCUAUGAAUGUACACAGUGUGGUAAGGGCUUUAGAUGUCACCGGUCCCUUCAAAGACAUGGAAAAACUCAUGCUGAAGAAAAAGCCCAGGAAUCUGGACAGUGAGCAAAAAUUUUUAGAGUUUCCAAUUUCUUUUUAAUGUUUGAAAGUAAUUCCUGGGAAGAAAUUCUGGUGCUAUAAAACAAGUGGUGGUGGUGGUGUUUUUAAUCAUAGACUUACUGAAGAAAGACCUAUCAGUAAUAAUCAGUGACUUAGGAUGUUCCGUUCCCCAGCACUUGGGAGGCAGAGGCAGGUG